GAUUGGUCACGAUUCGCCUACACGCAAUAUGUCACCAACAGCUUGUACCUCUGCAACUCGGUCAUGCUGUUGGAGAGACUGCACCAUCUCGGGAGCCGCGCCGACAGAGUGCUGAUGUAUCCCGAGAAGAUGCUCCCGGAUCCCGAAACGUGGGACGACGGAGGCUUUCAAGACGCAGAGCUGCUGAUCAAGGCGCGCGACGAGUACGGCGUGAAGCUGAAGCCGAUUCAGGUUCAGCAUAGAGAAACCGUAGAUGAUACUUGGUCCGACUCUUACACCAAACUCCUCGCCUUCAACCAGACGCACUACGAGCGUGUCAUUGCCAUUGACGCCGACGUCGCCCUUCUGAAGCACAUGGACGAGCUCUUCCUCCUGCCGCCAUGCCCCGUCGCCAUGCCUCGCGCAUACUGGCUCCUCGACAAAGCAAACAUGACGUCCCGCAUGGCGCUGCUGGCCUCGCACGUCAUGGUCAUCCAGCCGAGCGAGCGCGAAUUCGCCCGCAUCCAGAGCCGCGUCGAGCGCGCUGCCGACGACGAAUACGACAUGGAGCUGCUCAACAAGAUGUACGCCGACACGGCCAUGGUGCUCCCUCACCGGCCUUACACGAUGCUUUCGUCUGAGUUUCGCGAGACGAAUCACGGCUUGUAUCUCGGCUCUGAUGAUGAUGAUGCUGGGGAGUGGGAUCCGGCGGCGGUGCUGCGGGAGGCCAGGACGGUCCAUUUCUCGGAUUAUCCUGUGCCGAAGCCGUGGAAGAAGAAGUUGACCGCGUGGGAUGAGAUGAACAUCCGCGACUUGGAGCCUAGAUGCGAGGUGAAGAAGGGUGAGGAGGAGGAGGAGGAGGAUUGCUCGGCGAGGGAGGCGUGGAGGUGGUUGUACUCUGACUUUCGAGAGCGCAAAGCAGUGAGUUUUUUUUUUAGGAAGCUGAAUGUCGAAUGA